GGUGUGCGAAAGAUCGUCUCCAAUUAUUUCUCACUAUAAAGGUCACUUUUGCUUCCCGUUAUAAUAUCUUUGCGAAUAUUCAUUGAAUUUUCUAACAAUUUGGUAAACUUAUUCUUUUUGAUAAUAUUGAUCAAAAGCUUUGAGAGAGAUACAGAUUAUUUUACCCAGAAAAUAUAUUUAGAAGGCGCUCGUGAAAGAAAUACAAUACAAUACAAAGAAAAGAAUACAAUUUAAUACAAUUUUAAGACCAGCUUCAAACAACGUGUGGUCUUUUUCUGCUUACUUUUCAGAUUUUCCUAACUACCUAAAACGCUCUAGGAAUUUAUGUAAAUGACCUUAAAGUGUUAUAAAUUCCUUAAUAAAUCAGGAAUUUAGAGGAGAUAGCAACUGUACAGAAGGUUUUCCUAACCUCCGGCAUUGACAUAAUUCCCUAUGUUUUUAUCUAAAAUCCUGAUUCUUCUGAAUAUAUAACUCUACGCUAUAUACCGAUAUACUCCAACUUCACACAGUACAUCGCCUCUUGAAAUCUACAAAAAUAUGGAUCAUACAAAAUUUCAUGUACUUCAAUUUAAGGAGAACCAUUUGAUUUUUUGUGUUGAUGAAAAUGAUACCAGUGAUUCGGAGUUGGAUUCUAUUUUAAAGGAAAAAUGGGAAAAAGCUAAAGAAAAUGGUAUUUUUCGGUACAAUUUGGAGAUUAAGGAUUGGAAAAUUCUCAAAGGUCAAUAUCGUUUUUUGGCUCAGCUAAAUGUUAACAGAGCUUCAAAAAGACGAAAACCUGAAGAUAUUAGUUCAAUUUCUCAACCAUUUGACACCAGCCGUUUCAAUUUUAACAAAAUAUCUGAACAAGAAAUUAUGAUUGAUGUAGAAACUGGAGAUGGUAAUAAUGUGAUUGCAAUUAAUGUCAGUCCUAUUGAAUGGGGGCAUUGUCUUCUUUUGACAGAUCGUUUUCAAAAUUUACCACAGAAGAUGACAAAAAGCAGUCUUAAAAAAGCUCUGGAACUCUUGAUUAUGAGUAAUUCAGUUGACUUGAGAGUAGCUUUCAAUAGUUUAGGUGCUUACGCUUCGGUUAACCAUUUACAUUGGCAUUUGUAUUACUUACGACAUCGAUUGCUUCUGGAAAGUAUUAUUCUUGAAGGUUUUAAGGGACCCGUUGACUUGCUUGUAAAUUUUCCAGCAAAAGGAUUUUGCAUUAGUCUCUCAUCGAUAAUAAAUAAAAAUACAGACGACUUAGUCAGCUGUGUUUUUUUAAUUGUCAACUUUCUUCAAAAUAAUGACAUAGCUCAUAGUGUGUACAUCACUCGAGCAAAAAGUAAACCCUCAGUUAAAUUAUUUGACGAUGUACGUGUUUAUAUUUGGGCAAGAAAAUCUGUCCUUGGUGUGAAAGACACCAGUGCUUUUAUACCAGCAGUAUGUGAGCUCUUUGGGCAUUUAUCUAUUAAAACUCAAGAAGACUACACAACAUUAACAGAACAUCAAGUAGCUACAAUUCUGGAUGAUGUUACUGCAGAAACUUUUUAUUCGAUAAAAGAAAAUAUAGCCGGAGUUAUAGAAGAAAGACAGUUACUUCUAAACAUUACUGACAUUCAGUCAGGAGAAACAGUUAUGUGUCUUUAAAAUGACAACACAAGUAAUAAGAGAAAGUGUUUUGAACGUUAUGUGUAUUCUUAAGGGUAAUCACGCACACAAUCAUAAUAAACUAUAAUUUUGAGUUAU